AUGUCUGACAUCGUCCUUGUUUCGAAGAACGACGCUGAAUUUACGAUAUCGCUUGAAGCAGCUUCGAUAUCACCCGUGUUGAAGAAUAUGCUUUCCAGUGCGUUCAUGGAAGGUCAUCAGAGGAGAGUCGAAUUGAAGGAGAUAGACCCGCAUGUUCUAGAGAAAGUUGCAGACUAUCUGGAAUAUCGCUAUAAGUAUAUUGACGCCACAGAGGACGAAGACUUACCUGAGUUUGAGGUCCCGACGGAAAUGUCGUUGGAAUUGUUGCUAGUUGCAGAUUAUUUGAACAUUUGA